AUGGAAGAGGACGGGGAGGUCGCUCCUGCAGGAUUCCCUCAGCUGAAAAACGAUACAUUUCUUCGAGCAGCACAAGGAAAAGAGACUGAAUACACCCCAGUUUGGUGCAUGAGACAGGCAGGAAGAUAUCUCCCAGAGUUCCGUGAAACCCGAGCAGCCCAGGAUUUCUUUGCUACCUGUCGUUCUCCAGAGGCAUGUUGUGAACUUACCUUGCAGCCCCUGAGACAUUUUCCUCUAGAUGCUGCCAUCAUCUUCUCUGACAUUUUGGUGGUCCCCCAGGCACUGGGCAUGGAGGUCGUGAUGGUGCCUGGCAAAGGACCCACCUUUCCUAAGCCACUGAAGGAGGUGGAGGACCUUCUAAAACUCCGACAGAAAGUGGAUGUGGCAGCAGAACUGGGGUAUGUCUUCAAGGCCAUCACAUUGACACGGCAUAAACUGGAGGGGAAGGUGCCCUUGAUCGGGUUUUCAGGCGCACCGUGGACCCUGAUGACCUAUAUGAUUGAAGGUGGUGGCUCCAAUACAAUGGCCAAAGCUAAGGCCUGGCUCUAUCGGCAUCCUGAAGCCAGCCACCGUCUGCUCAUGCUAUUGACUGAUGUAAUUGUGGAUUACCUGGUAGGGCAGGUGGCUGCAGGUGCUCAGGCUCUCCAGCUUUUUGAGUCGCACGCAGGACACCUGGGGCCAGAGCAGUUUGCAGAGUUCGCCCUCCCAUUCAUCCGGUCCAUUGCCAAGCGGGUGAAGAGCAAGCUGCGGGAAGACUGCCUGCCUGUGGUGCCCAUGAUUGUCUUUGCCAAGGAUGCACAUUAUGCACUGGAGGACUUGGCAGACUCUGGCUUUGAAGUGGUUGGGUUGGACUGGACCCUCCACCCCCAGGAUGCUCGUCGGAGGACAGGAAAAUAUAUUACCCUGCAAGGCAACCUGGAUCCAUGUGCCCUCUAUGCACCAAAGGAGAAGAUUGGGGAGCUGGUGAAAAAAAUGCUCGAAGGGUUUGGCUCCCAGCGUUACAUUGCCAACCUGGGCCACGGCGUUUACCCGGACAUGAGCCCAGAGCAUGUGGGAGCCUUUGUGGAUGCGGUACACACGCACUCUCGCCACCUCAACAAGCUGCAGACUUUGGGAGCUAAGUCUUCAUGAUGGAAAGUGGACGAUA